AUGAAAGACACUACUUUUACUUAUCCUAAAAACUUCCAAUUUCUUGACAAAGAUUUCACUCCGCACUCACUUGAAGACUACCAACUACGAGAGCUGUUAUUAAGACAAGGAAUAACUAUCCCCGAAGAUGCUUCUUGGGAGGAUUGUAUACUCUUAUUUGACAAAUAUAUUGUCCCUCGUCGUGAAGCUCUCAUAAGAAUGCUUGGAAAUAGCUGGUCGUCAGUGACCAAAGGUGGUUCCUCAAACCAGGACUGGCCAUCUCUUCCUGCACCACCUGGUUGGCCUAAAAGGGACCAAGAUGGAUUCGCUAUACCAUAUCCUAGGUCUGGAAAUACAGAGGAUUCCACUCAAUUUGAAACACAGAAGUCCAACAGCUUGACAGAUUUAUUUUCAUUUGGUACUUCAAACCACAAUGCUUCUGAUGAAUCGGUAACGGAUGAAGAGUCGAACACAUUCUGGUCAUUUAUCCGACGAAAUAUCCCAUUGCUAUCCACAAGCAACAGCGAGAGAACUUCUGACAACAAUAAACAUGAUUCUAGACAGGACGAUUACGCUAAACAGGUUAUGGAUCCGAGUCGAAAUCAAAUGGAUAUCGCAAAUUCUGUGAUAGACGAAAGCAUAAAUAGUGCUAAAAAAAUUUACAGUCUAGACGCAAUGAUCAGCAAAUUGUGGCCAUCACAAUCACAUUCUUCAGGAGAUUCUGGCUCACCGGAAUUAGAAGCAGAAGAACUCGUGGAAUCAUAUGAAUGGCGUAGAUCACCUUCACUCGAAGCCGAAGAAAUUUCUGCAGAUGAAGCGGCUGAGGCGGCUAGACAGGAAGCAGAAGAGCAAUUACAAAAGGCUAAUGAGCUGCGAAGUUUACGUACUGUGCUUCGCCAAUGGAGAAAUCCAAAUUUGGCACCAAUUGGGACCAAUCCGACCUCAGUGCUCGAGAGGUUUGCCAUGUUAGCCAAGUUAUUUCCUGACAGAAAUGAUCUAUUUUUCAGAAAUUCACCUAAUGAAUCUUCCUCCAAAGAAAUGGUCCCACAUCGAUUUGGUUCAUCUACAAAGGAAUUGGUUAGAUCCUCUGAUAGAAGCAUAAGAUCAAACGCUGUAUCUCGAGAGGUUAACUAUCGACCUAGAGGAAUAUAUGUACCUGAGUGUGAUGAGAAUGAAUUGACGUACAACGGUGAAUCAUUAUUCAGUAGUGAAGAUGAAAGUUGUGCCGAUGAGUCUGAAGACUAUGACUCUAGCGAUGAUUCAAAUUAUACUCCUCUCGAUGUAGAUGGUACUGUGUCUAAUGAUAGAUUUAAGGAAGAAAAGCACUCUAUAGAUGAAGAUGAAGUGCUUGGCUUGUUUGACGAUUUAAAACAACAUAUUUACCGAAUUCAGCCCAUCCUGGACUAUACUCGUGAUGAUAGUGAAUAUCAAGAGACACCUCCUAUAAUACAUGUCCCUAAGCAAAACCCAAUUGCAAGAUAUCUCCGUCACGCUGUCCAAAUGUCAAAAAAUGCAAAACAAUCUAUACUUCUUUCAAUUGUACCACUGACUUCCAUUCUUUUGAUGGCAAUGAUUUUAAUUUGUAUCGCCCGCAACCGAAAUGGCUACUGUGACUCUGCAAAGACCCUCAAUCGAAGUAUUGUUGAUGGAGAGCCUAUUCAUCAUGGAUUUUCUUUGGCUUGUAUUCCUUGCCCUCCAAACGGAGUUUGUUUCUUUGGAGAGCUACAAUGCCCGACACUGUACAAGCGACGCAGAGCGUGGUACAAUCCUUUUGGAUUCCUUCCUGUUGCUGACAGAUGUGUACUUGACGCUGUGGUGGCAAAACGUGUUAAACUUAUCGAAAGGACGAUACGAAGAACUCUUUACGCAGCCCAAGGAAAACUUUUGUGCGAUGCAGUAAAGAAAGGAAAUGGAGAUGUAACGAAUACAUACGCAUCUAUUCAUGUUGAUGAUCUUACACAAAGGCUACGAAAUUCUAAAGAGCUUAUUUCCAAGAUGUCGAAAUCCCAACUUGAAGACCUUAUUCCCAUUGCUCUAAAAUCAGUCUUGACAAAUGAGAAUAUAUUUUACUGGAAUACCGAUGGAAACGCUACCUAUAGUACAAACAAAGCGUAUUGUACUCUUGGUUGCCGAAUCCUUCUCUUUUAUGCCACAAUGUCUAUAUUUACAAAGUUUUGUUUAAUACUUGGCGCUCUGCUGUUCUGUGCAUCGCUACCUUUUAUGUACCGACUAUUCAUAUCCUACAAAGAAAAGCGUCAGGUUAAUAAACUCGUGUCUGAAAUUAUCAAGACUCUAAAAAAUCAACACAAGAAACACUCUGAAAAUCCUACUGAAAAUCCGCAUAAAUACUGCUCUGUUCCUUACUUACGGGUUGCUCUGAUGGAUUCUGUUAAUAUUAAAGAUGUACAAAAGGCACUCUCUGUAUGGGAAAAAGCUGAGCGAGAACUUCAAAAGAGUCCAAAUAUUAUCCGCAGAUUCUUGGAAGAGAAUGGAGAAGCCUAUGAGACCUGGGAGUAUGUUGCAUAA